ACCACUGGAACCCCCCGAUAUUACUAAUGAAGUCCCCCAGACUGAAAUGGAGGAAGAUAACCCAAAAGAACUCCUUCAAGGAAAUCCUGAUGGAAAAAAACCCUGAGUUCUUUCAUUUCCUAUGGGAUAAAUUUUCCUUUACCACCCUGCACCCAUUUUGAAUUAAAUACAGGAAAUAUCCAAUCCUACUAUGUAAUGUAGACAAAAUCAAACUAUACAAAUCAUGAAAGUACUCACUAAUUGUCAAACUGUUUGGGAAAACAAAUCCCUCACUAGCUACUGAGAGUAAAGCUCACCCAUCUAUGGAAUCCAAUCGAACCACUCAUACUCAUUGGUCUAGGAUGAGAUUUCUUCAUAGUUAAAUUCGGCAUUGAAGAAAGAAUGAGUAUAGUCUUGAAUGAGGGGCCAUGGUUUGUAGCUGGAUACUUCCUAUCCGUCUAUCAAUGGGAACCCAAUUUCGUUCCGGCAGAAUCAAAGCUUUCAAUAACCACAGUAUGGAUCAGGCUACAACAUCUGCCAAUUGAAUACUAUAAAAAUCCAUUUUGGAGCAAGUAGGCAACAAGAUAGGAAAAUUGCUAUAAAUUGAUACUUGUACCUCAUUUACACUACGGGGAGGUAUGCAAGAAUUUGAGUCCAAGUUUCGGUAGAAAUACCAGUCACUACUACCGUCACCAUUGGCACGCAUAGCCAGCCAAUUGUAUAUGAAGGGGAGGGGAUACUCUAUAAGGGAUGUGGGCGAAUUGGCCAUACACUGAGGAGCUGUGAGUUUGCAACCAUACCUACCCCAACAAAUGACUAGACUGCACCAAGCAGUAGCUCCACUAGUGAGCCUAUCGCGAAGGACCCAACAUCUCAAUAGCGCAUAACUCCCUUCUCAAAAAGCAGACGAAACCAACAUAAAGGAGAUAGACCACAAAGACACAACCAGGGGAAAGGUCAAGAGGGAACAACAUCCAGGUAAAGAGGUUCAAUGCCUACUCAAGUAAGUUCUUAGACCCAAAAUGUAACAUCACCAUGGGUAACGACAGUAACACCCCAAAAGGGAAGGACUCGGAUAACCAAUUGGGAUCUCCUACGCGGUCAGUGGAGCGCAAAAUAGAUAUGGACCCACAAAUGGGCCACCAAUGCAGAGGCCCAACUCAUAUGGGGCAUGGGCAACACACACGCACGCCCGCAUGCUAAUAUCACUGGGACAAAAAGGCAUCUAAUUUCUUCUAACCCAAUGUCAAAAGAUGCCAAUUUGGGAAAAAUGGGCAGCCCUCAAAGUCCCACAAAAGAUGCCAUAUACAAGAAUGAAAAGGGAACGGACCCCACUCCAAAAUUGACCUUGUUCCUCCAAAAUCUAGUUCUUUCCCAUAGUCUAAGAGCACUUGCAGAUGCUUUGACAACCCAGGUCCAAUCAAAAGUGGGCCACCCAUCUCCUACGAUACACCAACCUAACUAUACACCAAUAUCACACACAACCCUCUAUGGAAACUCCUCCGAUUACGUCUCACCUAGUAGAGGCAAUCGAGUACCUGCUCAAAAUUAAUUACCCCAUCUGAUCAGUGAGGUGACACUGGUUUUCAAUCCUCCAACAUUGAGCAAAGAACAUAAAUCCCCCUACACGGAACCCAACAAAGAAGAAAUGAGUUAUAUUCAUAAUGCAGAGAGUGAGUUGUUCUCUACAAACAAAACCAGCGUAGAAUACAAAGAGAAAGCCACAAAUGGAGAACCAAACUCCCCAUAACCAACACCAAUACACAACACCUCUCACGAUCUCCUCUAUCCCACUUCCAUCGCAGCACACGCCUGGACCGUGGUUAGAGAUAGCGCUACAGGGAUAGUCCCAAACGUUACAAAUGAUGAUAGGGCCAAGUCUUAGUAGCAAUCAACAUCCAAAACCACAAUACUUAGAGCGUCUAGCGACCCAUCCACUGCACCAGGACCCGCCCAAUUUUGGCCACCAACUGUGGAUGUCAAUGUUUCUACAGGCUCAGUACACGGGUACUCAACAACCCCUAUCAAUUGAAGAGAUCAACAGUCUGAUGGGCCAGCUAUGCCAGACCAUGCUCUUCUUCUCACUAAUGGACCUAGAAGCACCGAUUCCGUCCCCUGCCUUCAUACUAUGGCCACUAGUAGAGCAAAUUCCACCACCACCACCAAACUUUUUAUCACCACUGGAAUAACUGAACAGGGGGACCAACUAAACCCUAGAUUACCUCAGGGAGUCCAACUUAGACCUGGAGAACAUACUGGAAAAAUUAGGAGUCCCAAAGACAAAAGUCUUUCUCAUGUAGGAGACUCAGGAGAUAGUGUUCAAAUAAAAAUACGGAGAAAUGCUUAUUACUCUUUGCCCCAGAAAACACAUAAGCUGCAGGCUAGAUCUUCGAGUGCCCUUUUCUCUAAACUCAGGGAGCUCGACAGUAGUCAUAAACCAUCUGGUGGGACUCGUGAAGACAAACCAUGUGGGCAAGGGGAAGGGAAUCAAGAGAAAAGCCCCAUCUCAGAACACGUUACUGAUGAACUUCAUAAUAUGGAAUGCGAGGGGAGCGAACAAUGCUGAGUUCUACAGACACGGUGCUUCAAUGGUCAAGCUACACAACCCAGCUCUACUUGUCUUGCUGGAUACAAGAAUGACUGACCACAAGAACCUCACUACUGAGCUGAAAUUCUCAGCUCAAUUCCAAACCCCUUAUGUAGGGAAAUCUGGGGGAAUUGUGGUCAUGUGGAAAGAUGAUCUUGUGAAGCUUGAGGAAGUCUCCACUACACCACAGGGAGUUCAUGUCAUGAUAAAGAUUCCAUCUGGGGAGCCCAGCACCAGGACAUAGCUUCAGGGAGCAGAACCAAGUAGCGGACCUCCUCGCCAAAGAAGGUGCCAGAAAAGAAAUUUUUGAAAGGAUCGAUCUUUUUGGCAGUUCCUCUAGUGUUUGCAAACGUCGCAAUGUGGGCAGACAUCCUAGGAACUGUAUUUACAAGAAAAAUUAAUGUUUGUAAUACUAGUAUGAUGCUAGACAAUAAAUAUGGAACUCAUGGGA